GAAUUCUUUCUUUUUGCCAUAUAAAGCAUGGUGGAUCGGCGCCUACACACACUCUGACAGUGACACAGUCACACUCAUACACAAACGCACAUACAUACAAAAAUAUCGUCUGUCUGUCUGUUCCGCCCCUGAGCCAUCUCGGCUACAAUCGCAUCACACACACCUGCACAGCACAGAAGCACACACGGCCUGCUGUCAAUUCGCCCAAGUGACAUACGAGAAGCACCACUGAAUAUGUACACUCACUCACCCACUCGACAGCAGCAACAAAUAGCCUCACCUCUUCCCCAACCCUCCCAGCGGCAUACAAUACAAUACACUGCACUACACACCACAUCAGGUUAGGUACACGCGAAAAUUUCCUUCCAUCCCCCCUCCCCCCUUACUCGAUUCGCACGGGCACGCCAAUCAACAAACACACACCGCAUUUCGUGAAAGCCAGCCAGCCAGCCAGCCAGCCAGCCAAGCAAACAACCAGCAUGGAAAGACUUAUUUGCCUUCCUUUGUCCACGCAUCCCCUCCUCUGCCCUGCCCUGCCUUCCGCCCCCUUUCACGCCCCAUCCCCCUCGUAGAUCUCCAAGCCACCGUCGUCCCCCUCUGUCACUUGUUCGUCAGGUGCCUCGGUCACUUCUUCGGAUGAGCCGUCAGGCGGCUUGGUUGCGGACGUCCAAGGGGGCUGGUCGGCGGCGCUGCUGGUCGGAUGCUCCUCCCGCCAGCUGCGCCGCCAGUCUCUGUCGUCGUCGGGGAACAGAGGGGGGAAAGAGCCGCUCUUCGACACUGCAUCGGGUGAGAAAGGCAGUGAGUGACGGAUGGCAAUGUACGUGUCUAGCGGCCACUGUGUGUCUGUGUGUAGAGUUGACUAACUAACCGCAUCUAUGGGUCUUCAUAUCGCAUGUGCAGGUGAUGGGGCAGCCACCCGCACAGUUUCUGCCGCAAACGCCCCUCUCGUCCCGCGCUCUCUCCUCAUCACAGUACUCGCACUCCAUCUCAGACAGGCACUUCUCCCUCACCACGCACACCGACAUUGGCAUCAGUGAAGUCUUGCAGACGACCGUGCCGGCCUCGCACCCACAGGCGGCCUCGGACGGGACGCAGCCUUCGUAGGUCGCGUUCCUUGCUUGCUGUGGGAGAAAAAGGCCUGGAGGAGCGCGCCUUCUCUCCUGUGCGAUGGAGGUGGGGGGCAUGACCACGAUAACCAUGAUGACGAGGGUCGCUGCAACAGCCCAAAAGACGUCCAACAUCUCAAAAAGGG